AUGCCAGAUCUGGCCGAUGGUUCGAUGAAUGGUUGGACGCGUGAAGACGCACCCCAACCUGUCCCGAAGACCUCGCCACAACCUGUAGUUCCAGAACCCGUCCCAAAAGGCUCCGAUGUCGCCGUCAAGCCCCCUGCUGGUAGCAAACAGAAGCGUCAAGGAUCAAAGUACGACAAUAUUCAGCAAAUAAUCCUUCACUUUGCGGGCAACGAAGGCGCUGAGCAGUGUGACGAGAUCUCUAGUCCUGUAUGCCAAGGUACAGGUCUCGAUUUCAAUCUGUGCAUGCAGCAUCCUGAAGCUCACUUCGUCUUUUUCGCCAUUACCCAUUUUGCCAAUUGGUUGCACAAACUUCAGAACACUUUCACCUACUCUACAGUCGCCGCUGGUCUAUCGACGGCAACGCUUGUCAAACAGUUCUUCACUCCUCAAGUUGACCCAAGUACAUUGGUCCUGCCAGUGGCAAUCAUUAAUGGACUUUUUGGCGCCCUCAGUCUUGGUAUCCCAGCGGCAACUCUGGGAUCAAGUGCCGCCACCAUUGUAAGUGGAGUACUUACUCAAAAGGGUUUGACCGCUGUCGACCCCUUGGUUCAAUGGGGAGAGGUCCAGACCGCAGUCGGCAAGCUCUACCAAUCUGUUACCAUAGCCCUAGACCAGUACUUUGACUCAGUCCUCAAGACUCUCCCACAAUACGCCUCAGGUGCGGCAGUCGAUUACUUCAAUGACCCGGUGCAACUUCCGUCGGUUCUCAAGGACGGCCAUUUCGCCUCCAACGUCGAUGUAGGUAGCAUCAACCCUAACGUCUUCGGCGCCGUCGUCUCUCCUGCAAUCAAUUCCCUCUGGGUCCAAGACCGCGUAGCCAUCUUCAAAAUCACAGACCAUGCAUACAAUCGCGUCGACCACGGCAAAGCUUGCUCAUUCUGGCCUGACCAAACCGUCUGCAGCCCGGACGGCGGCACGGCCUACAUCUUCGCUCGCUGGAUCAACACUCCACAGCCACGCGAGCGCAUCCCCGCCCUUGACACCAACAAAUGGCACGUCUGGGGUACCUCGGACAAGGGUGAAGCGGACGAUGGCACCAAGAACGCCAACCAUCUCACCGAAUACGCCCUUAGUCUUGACAUCAUACUUCAGUCUGCCAUCAAACAGCAGGCUAAGCACGGCUACCUUUACAGCAAUACGCAGCAAGACACGCUCGAUCAACUAACGAACGACCCUGGCGAUAUCACCGAGGCGGACCUCGCGAGCUGGACGAUUCCAAUCUGUGACAUCGAUGCGAUACUGAAGGCGCAUGGGAAGACAUACAUUGGAGCUGAGCCUGUCGGGACGGAAUUUGGUUAUUCGCUGCCAACCUGGGCUAUGUGUACUUGUGUGCAAGCGGAAGGGUGGCCAACUGAUAAAUAUCCCUACGAGAAUCCUAUUGCUAACCCGGAGUGUUCGCCUGGCUGGGGCUGA